GUGGCCGACAUCAGGCACCAUUUGCCGCGCAGAUUACUCCUACGGCCCGUCGGUACUCGUACCAACUUUUUUGUUCUCGGAGCUAUCUCUACCCCCCACAAUUGGACUGUCCGUCACUUCUCAAAUUACAACUGUCAAAUGACCGUAGACGGCGUUAUUAACAAGGAGGCCGAGCUUUCGCAGCUGGAGGCUCUUGAGGCAGCCUGCCGCUCUCGCAUAAAGGAACACAAGAAGAAUGGAGACAAGGUCGCUGAAAAGUCGCAAUUGGAAGAGCUGAAAGAGGUUAUGCGAAGAAAGAAGGAGCUCCUUGGCCCCAAGAAGAAAGGCGAAAACGCAGAAGGGACAGAGGAGAAGGCUAAGGAUGAUGUGAAGUCUUUUACUCUGAAGACUCCGAAGGGAACAAAAGAUUACGAUGAGAAGGAUAUGGCAAUCCGGGAACAAAUCUUCUCUACAAUUACCAGCAUCUUUAAGCGGCACGGCGCAAUUACGAUCGACACGCCAGUGUUUGAGCUGAAGGAAAUUCUAGCUGGGAAGUACGGGGAGGACAGCAAGCUCAUCUACGACCUGGAAGAUCAAGGCGGAGAAAAGUGUUCUUUGCGAUAUGAUCUCACUGUGCCCUUUGCGCGAUACCUUGCUGAAAAUAAAAUAUCCAACCUGAAGCGCUACCACAUUGCAAAGGUUUACCGACGAGAUCAACCGGCAAUGAAUCGUGGUCGAAUGCGAGAAUUCUAUCAAUGCGAUUUCGAUAUUGCAGGAGUGUACGAUCCCAUGGUACCGGAUGCGGAAGCACUACGUGUUAUGGCAGAAAUUCUCAAGGGAUUGGAUGUUGGUGAGUUCACUAUCAAAGUGAAUCACCGCAAGAUUUUGGAUGGAAUGUUCGAAGUAUGUGGUGUACCAAGCGAUAAGAUCCGUACAAUAUCAUCCGCUGUUGACAAGUUGGACAAAAUGCUUUGGGCGGAUGUCAAAAAAGAAAUGGUGGAUGAGAAGGGUCUUGCGGAAGAAGUCGCGGACCGGAUUGGUGAAUAUGUGAAACUUAAAGGCUCCAAGGAACUAUGCGAGAAGCUAGCAGCGGACACAGGAUUAUCAGGAAAUGCCAACGCCACAGCCGGAAUCGCGGACAUGCGACUGUUGUUGAAUUACCUGGAAGUUUUCAACGUCCUCCCGCACAUUUCCUUCGAUCUCAGCCUUGCACGAGGACUAGACUAUUACACUGGUGUCAUUUACGAGGCUGUGAUCAAUGACUCACCUAGUGUACAAAACGGAGAACAAGUCGGCGUUGGCUCGGUUGCCGCAGGUGGCCGAUAUGAUGAUCUCGUUGGGAUGUUCUCCGGAAACAAGAAGAUUCCAUGCGUAGGUGUUAGCAUCGGUGUGGAGCGGGUGUUUGCACUUUUGUCGAGCCGCCGAGACCGUGCCAGCAUCAAAUCCAACGCUACGGAGGUGUACGUCAUCGGACUUGGAGAAGGGUUUUUGGAGGAACGAAUGCGCAUCUGCAGUGAGCUUUGGGACGCAGGUGUAAAAGCUGAGUAUAUGUUCAAGAAGAAGCCACGAAGUCUGCAGGUUCAGUUUGAUGUCUGCGACAAGGAGCAGAUACCUCUUGCUAUUAUCGUUGGUGGAAAGGAGAUUGAGGCUGGAGUGGUCAAAAUCAGGAAGAUGGUAAAGGAAGAAGCGUCAAGUGGGGAUAAAGAGGUCACUGUCCCAAGAACAGGUCUUGUUGAGGCAGUGGAGCAGAAGCUUCAGGAGCUAAGAUAGGACCAGACGAAAUAGUUUUUGUUUAUAGAUUAAUCAUUGCGUCAACGUGUACAUUUCAUACACUCUCAUGGACCAGAUUAACGUCAUAGACCUUAUGGAGGAUAUAAGUCAUGGCCAGUCAUAGUCCCAUGUUGGAACUGCAUGUUGAGAUAUUGUUGACUGCGAUCUACUUAUUCUAUUGCAAUCUACAAGUAAUACACAAUGUCCAUUCUAUAAUACGAAGUAUAAUAUUUACACGAU